GGCAGGCACAGCGUACACACCAUUCCAAAUUCAAAUAAUAUUUUUUUCUUUUUUCAAAUCUCGUGUGUGUUGGUGGAAAAGAAAGCCGAGAGCUUUUGUUUUGUUGUCUUCAGGAGCUAAAUCAGAAUGAAGCUGUUAUUAUUAUGCAUGGCGCUGGCGGCGGUGGCGCUCGCCAAGCCGGUCGCUGAGACUAAAACUGAAGAAGUGGUAGCGCCCGUCCCCGCGCCGGCGCCCGAGGUGAAGAGUGCUCCUGCAGCCGUCAGCGAAGCCAAUGCCGAGAGUGCAGCGCAAGCCACUAAUGAAAUCACACCCAAGGCAGCUGAACCCGUAGCUCCCAAAGAAGAGCCCAAAAAAGAGGAAGCCUCAAAACCUAUCAAGGAAGAAGCUCCCAAAAAAAUUGAGAAAGAAGAAAAGAAAGAGGAACCUCAAGCGAAAGCUGCCCCUAUUGAAGAGAAUGCCGAGCCCGCUGUGGUCAAAGAAGUGACUCCUGAAGCCCCCGCGGCCGCCAGCGACGACAAGCCCGCUGUAGCUGCUGCUGCACCCGCUGCGAAGGAGGCUGAGAAGGAGCCCGAAGUACCGUCUGUGCCCGCUGCCAAGAGUGCCAUUGUAGACGAAAAGAAAGAAAAACCUGAGGUCGCCAAACCAGAGCCGGUCAAGGCGGAAGAGAAGCCUGCUGAAAAACCCGCUGACGCGAAACCUAUUGAUGACAGCCUCCGUGUAGUCCGCGACACUGUUGACGACAAGAAGAAGGCCGAAGCUGCCAAGGAAGAGAAAUCGGCUGAGCCCAUCGCAGAAGCUGAAGCACCCAAAGUAGAGGCACCUAAAGCCGAAGCUGUAAAGCCUGAGCCUGAGAAAGAAAUUAAGAAGGAUGAGCCCGCCGCAGAAAUUGUAGCCAAGAGUGCCGCGCCCGUAGAAGAGGCCCCGAAGGAAGUGGUUGCUGCUGAAGAGAAGAAAGUGGAAAAACCCGAAGCUAAGUCGGUUGUGAGCGAGCCCGCUGCCAACGCUGCCGCUGUAAGCGAAAAGUUAGAAGGCAAGACUGAUGUGAUCUCAGAAGUCAAAGCCGAGGAAGUAAAGCCCGAGUCUAAGCCUGAACAGAAAUCUGAGAUUAAGGCUGAGCCAAUCAAGGAGAACAAGCCCGAAGAGAAGCCCGAGGCCAAGCCCGAAGGUAAAUCUGACAUCAAGCCCGAAGAGAAAGUAGCUGCUAAAGUAGAAGAGGUCAAGCCUGCUGAGAAGUCAGCUGUAAAGCCCGAAGAGAUCGCCAAGCCCGCCGACAAAGCCGAACAGAAGCCCGAGGAGAAGGCAGCCAAGCCUGAGGAAGCCAAACCAGAGGAGAAGAAGGAGAGCCAACCAGAGACAAUGGACGAGAAGCCAAUGGGAGAUGCGCCGUCGAAGAGCUCGGAGGAGAGCGAAGAGGACGUCAGCGCGGAGAAGCCCAAGGCCAGCGCCGAGUCCUCCGAGGAAAGUUCAGAGAAGAAACCCUAGAUUUAGAUAUACCUAGCUAGUAUAGUUGAGUGCCAGGCAGCGGCAGGCGCGUAUCGACAGCCCCUCGACACGCGCCCCCCGCGCCCCGCGACCCCCGCGGUCGCCAGUGAACCAGUGUUCGUGAACCGAUUCACUACAUCUAGAGACUUAUUUAAAAAUGCCUUAACAUACAAAAUUACCCACGAUGUAAUUAUCACUGAAAAUAAAUUAUCGAAUCUCCAAUAGAGUUAGUUAAUAAGUAAAAUAACUAAUAAAUAUGUUUUUUUAUAUAAUAUAUAAAUAAA